UUUUUUGCCUUUGCGUCCGUGCUUGGCGAGGGCGUUUGCUGGGCCCUCCUUUUGAGCGUGCAAACCACAACAUCCUAUGCUGAUUUCCGUGUCACAUAUUCUUAAUGCUCAGGAAACGCUUCCGGAUGUACAACCAAGAUUUGAGAUUUAGCACUCAGGCCUUUGAGUCAGGAGAUACGAAGACUUCCAAAAAAAGACCAGUUCCUCGGAUGAGCCCCCUCACAGAGAGAUGAAGGGGCAGCAGAAGACAGCUGAAGCCGAAGAGGGGACAGUGCAGAUCCAGGAAGGUGCAGUGGCCACUGGAGAGGACCCAACUAGUGUAGCUAUUGCCAGCAUCCAGUCAGCUGCUACUUUCCCCGACCCCAACGUCAAGUACGUCUUCCGAACUGAGAAUGGGGGCCAGGUGAUGUACAGGGUGAUCCAGGUGUCUGAGGGGCAGCUGGAUGGCCAGACAGAGGGCACUGGCGCCAUCAGUGGCUACCCUGCCACUCAGUCUAUGACCCAGGCAGUGAUCCAGGGUGCUUUCACCAGUGACGAUGCGGUUGACACGGAGGGAACAGCCGCUGAAACACAUUAUACUUACUUUCCCAGCACCGCAGUGGGAGAUGGGUCAGGGGGUACCACAUCUGGAAGUACAACUGCUGUUGUUACCACCCAGGGCUCAGAGGCACUCCUGGGGCAGGCCACCCCUCCCAGUACCGGUCAGUUCUUUGUGAUGAUGUCACCACAAGAAGUAUUGCAGGGAGGGAGCCAGCGUUCCAUUGCCCCCAGGACCCACCCUUAUUCCCCGAAGUCAGAGGCUCCCAGGACAACUCGAGAUGAGAAACGCCGGGCUCAACAUAAUGAAGUGGAGCGGCGCCGCCGGGACAAGAUCAACAACUGGAUUGUGCAGCUGUCCAAAAUCAUCCCAGACUGCUCAAUGGAGAGCACCAAGUCUGGCCAGAGUAAAGGUGGGAUCCUCUCCAAAGCCUGUGACUACAUCCAGGAGCUGCGGCAGAGCAACCACCGGUUGUCCGAGGAGCUGCAGGGGCUGGAUCAGCUGCAGCUGGACAACGACGUGCUUCGACAACAGGUGGAAGAUCUUAAAAACAAGAACCUGCUACUGCGGGCUCAGUUACGGCACCACGGAUUAGAGGUCGUCAUCAAGAACGACAGCAACUAACUAUGGGGAUUCGGGGGCUUUGGGCCCUAGAACUGCUGAGAGUCCGGGAGCAACAGGCUAAUCCCAUGCCCCUUUCCUUCACUGCCCACGUCUGGCAUGGGACCGGGGCAGUCUGGCAAGCGUGGCUUUGAACUGAGGCCCUGUGGUGUGUCGGUCUGCAGUGAGUGGUGUGAAACACAAAGUGGACGUGUACUGACCGCCUUGCCCGCUCCCCCCAUGUAGUCCCCGGGUCCUUGUGUUCCUUUUGCACACUGCAUGUGCUGUAUCCGUGGACACUGGACACACCGAAUCUGGGCUUGCCUUGUGCUUGCUUAGAGUGCCCAGCAGAGGGUCUGUGCACACUCUCUGGGUCCGGCACUUCCACUGGCUCUUCCUUUCCUGGAGCAGAAGUUAAGAUACGCACCUGAUUACUCUGGGGAGCAGGCUUAUUCAGGAGGUGGGGAAGGAGGCUAGGUGGCUGCUAUCCCAUGAAUAGAGGAGGGGCCAGUGAGCAACUGAGCCUCUGCAGAAGUCUCUGAAGCCAGGGAGAAACAUAGGCAGGGGCUCACUGAGAGCCUUCCCCUUCUGGGGAUGGUUCUUUUUAUUUUUCUUUUUCUUUCUCUCUUUUUUUUAAAAGAUAAAAUUGUUUAGAGCCA